AUGUCCUCAAUCCUUUCGCAGCUGGUCGACGCCAAGAAGGAUACGUCCCUUACACGCUAUGUGACCUGCACCGCGCUGGCCGUGACGACUUACGAUGGCAUUCUCACCUUAUUCGAUGCGAUUAAGCUGUUUAGGAGGUCAAAAACCUCGUUGGGAAGGAUUCUCUACUAUCUCACGCGUGUCGUUUCUUUCAUCGGUCUUACUCUUAUGACCUAUCAUAUAUCGGAAUUCAGGCUCGGUUUCUCGCGCAAAGCAUGCCAAAUUUUUGUAUGGAUAUGGCCUUCGUUGUUCAGUCUCACAAUGCUCUCUACCGACUGGCUUCUCACCUUGCGAAUAAGCGCGCUUUAUCACUCCAAUGCUCUCAUAUGGCGUGGGACAUAUGCGAGCCUAAUUAUUUGCGGCCUCGUCACAUCUGGUCUCCUCAUCAACAUCCAAGUCACGUAUAGCAAGGUCAUAUAUUAUAUCGAUGCGGUCGGGAUCUGCGGUGUGCUGACACAAGGUCGGGAUGUCGUCAAAACAUUCUACCCUUGGCUCGCGCACGAGACACUCUUGACUGUCAUCAUGGGUGUACAUACGUGGCGAAACUUCAGAAAGGGGUCGGGACGCCAGACCUUUCCGCUCCUCAUCGUGCUCUAUCGGGAUGGCGCAUUGUUUUACGUCGUCAUACUCGCCGUCCGCAUCUGGAUCAUUUACACGCUCUCGACUUUGCCACUUACACGAUUGUAUCUUGAUAUUUGUGUGAUGUGGGCAGCUUGCACGCUCUUGACGACACGCGCGUAUCUAAACCUCUGCUCUAUCGUCCUCGUACGAGAGGAAGAAGAAGCGGCGUCGAUGGAGUUGCAGGCAACAAUCGGGUUCACGUCAAGAAGCCGUGCAUCAAAGGCGCUGUCACCUACACGACUCGCCAACCCCACAACAAUACGGCCGACAGAGGUCUAUUUCCGUCGGGAGACAGAAUUGACUGUGGACGAGACUCGCAAAAACUUGUCAAUAUCGCCUUCGCCGCCACUUUCAAAGCCAAGUUCACCCAAUGGCUUUGACGAAGAACGACGGCUGUCGGGAACAACCGCCCACAUGAGCCAUCAAAAUAUGUCACCGUACCGAUGA